AGAAAGAAAGAAAAAAAAAGGGAAAAGAACUCGGCGCUAUGGUUUCUCUUCUUCCCUCUUCCUGAUAAAAGAGGCAGAGCUGUCUCUCUCCCCUGUUAAAAAAACAAAACGAUCUUCUUCACGUGAUCCGCCAUGAGAAACCAACGAAGCGAGGUUCGACCCCCGAGGUUUUAAACGUCAACACUUAACACGCGCCGAGGAGGGCCUCUUCACAACCUGAGAGAAAACGAACCCCGCCAUUGUUUCUCCUCGGGAUGUGAGCAGAGGAAGGGAUGGCUUUGUUCCUCUGUGAGUAGGUGGACUCCGUCGCGAGCUCCGUCAUAAAGUCGCGACCAAACCUUUCCCUUCCUCCCUCUCUCUCUCUUUCUCUCUCAUCUCCAGUCGCUUCUUUUAUAUAAGCAUGUCAUCAUACCUUUCGUGAGUAGUAGUGAUACCGUUUGUGGUUGGAGGAAUGGAGGAUAGGAAGAGGAUGCAAAUCCCGACGUUUGGGAACUGGGAUUACGGGGACGAGAUGCCCAUAACGCAAUACUUCGAGUCCGCGAGGCAGGCUGGGCUGGUUAGAUCAGGUUUCUCAGGGGAGAGCUGUGAUGCAGAUCUCUUUAAUGUACCGGUCGUGAUGCCGGUGAAGUUGGCUCGCCAGGAGGGUCUCUCUCGCCGGAAGGUGAGGAAAAGGAACGAUAGUGGUGGAGAGGCGAAGGGGCAUUCGAAGGAGCAUAAGCAGAGCAAGCAAGGAAAAGUUUCCGGCGAAGUUUCCCGGCCAGCGAGAAGAUCUGUAGCUGCUCCUAAAGCAGUUGAUGAGGACUUGUAUAAGAUUCCACCUGAGCUACUUUACCAAAAGCCAAAGAGGGACUGCGUAGCGAGCAAGCCAAAGUCACGCCUCUUAAAGCAAGUAGAGCACUGCAGGUUCUGGCUCCGUGUUAAAGACGUCACAAAACCUUUUCCCUCUCUUCGCUACUUUCCCACCUUUUUUUUUUCUCUCGCUCGAUUCCGUUUACGGUUCAGGGAAUGGAGGAAGAGCUGGCAAAUUCCGACGUUUGGGAACUGGGAUUAUAGCGGCGAGAUGCCCAUCACGCAAUACUUCGAGUCCGCGAGGCAGGCUGGGCUGGUUCGAGCCGGUUUCUCAGGGGCGGGCUGUGAGGAAGAUCUCUUUGUGCCGGUUGCGAUGCCGGUGAAGCUGGCUUACCAGGACGGCCUAUCUCGCCGGAAGGUGAGGAAAUGUAACGAUAGUGGAGGACAGGAGAAGGCGUUCUCGAAGGAGCAGAAGCAGAUGAAACAGGGGAGGAUUUCCGGCCAUGUUGCGGGGCAGCCGAGGAAACCUAUCGUCGCUCCUAAAGCAGUGGAUGAGGAUUUGUAUAAGAUUCCACCUGAGCUUCUUUGCCAACAGCCAAAGAAAAAAAGAUUGCUGAGAAAUUUGUUCACAGAAUGUCUGGGGAUGAACUGCAUCACCUGCGCUUGAGAGAGAUCUAUAGCUUUAAAAAAACCGCUCUCAGUUCUGCUUCUUUCGUCUUUUCUGAAAUCUAAUGGUUCUUUGAUGAAUGAUUUUGUAUGAGUUAUGUAUGUAAUGCAAAGUUGAGUUGAUUAUCAUAAAAUGAUGGGGAGAAUUCCUCACUUUCAUGUUUGGUGUUUAAAUACUCUAUAUUUGGCUUGGAUUGUCGCACUUGGACUAAUGAUCAUGAUUUUUACAGUAAA